UGUCAUCGAACCGUCCGUCGCUGUCCUUUCCAUGCCUCGCUGCAAACUAGGACUCUCCUUCCUUUUCUUACUUUCGAAGUUUGCGCAACAAUCGGGGAAUCCAUUGACUUAAAAGCUCGUAUGGAAUGGGCCACAAUGACCUCACUGUUCCUCCAGUAAUAUCAGCCACACAGCCACGUACGUACGCUGAAUCUCCAAGACAGCCUUAAACAUCUCAGAAGCCCAACAAGGAUCGAAACGUCUGACACAGGUGAGACACCCCCUGCAACCUACCGGAGGCGCCACGACCUCGGCUGGCACCCCCUCCCCUCCCCGCCGUCGUGAGCGCACGGCCUCGCUCGUUCGAUCUCGAGUCAUGCGGCUCCUGUGCCUGCUCGCGUUGAUCCCGCUCGCCGCGGCGGAGUGCAAGUGCGAUAGCGAUGAGGAGGGACACAACAAGAGCCAGGCCCUCAAGUACAAGCUGGCGGCCAUCGCGUCGAUCCUCGUGGCGGGCACGGUCGGGGUGUGCCUCCCGAUCCUGGGGAAGACCGUCCCGGCUCUGCACCCGGAGAGGAGCAUCUUCUUCAUCAUCAAGGCCUUCGCGGCCGGGGUGAUCCUGUCCACCGGGUUGAUCCACGUCCUCCCCGACGCCUUCGAGAACUUGACCUCGCCGUGCCUGAGCGAGCGCCCGUGGGGGGAGUUCCCGUUCGCGGGGUUCGUGGCCAUGCUCGGCGCCCUCGGGACGUUGAUGGUGGACACGGUCGCCACUUCCUAUUUCAAGAAGCUGCAUGCCGACAACGCCGGAUCGGACAAGAGCGUCGGAGACGAAGAGAGGGCCAGAGAGAACCGAGGUCAAGUACCCGUCCACACGCACGCGACUCAUGGCCACUCUCACGGUCCAAUAUCGACGGACGCGGAGUCGGAUCUCCUGCGGCAUCGAGUGAUAUCUCAGGUGCUGGAGUUGGGGAUCGUGGUGCACUCGGUGAUUAUAGGGGUCUCACUGGGGGCUUCGGAGAGUCCAAAGACCAUCAAGCCUCUUGUUGCUGCCUUGUCCUUUCACCAGUUCUUUGAAGGCAUGGGUCUCGGUGGAUGCAUCACUCAGGCCAAAUUCAAGACUCGGGCGACUGUAGUCAUGGCACUGUUUUUCUCCCUCACGACGCCGAUCGGGAUUUGUAUAGGAUUGGGAGUCACCACUAAGUAUGAUGAGAACAGCCCGACGGCGCUCAUCGUGGAGGGCAUCUUCAAUGCUGCAUCUUCGGGGAUAUUGGUUUACAUGUCCCUGGUCGAUCUUCUUGCUGCUGACUUCAUGAGCCCAAAGUUGCAGAACAACGGGAGGCUCCUGUUUGGGACCAACGUGGCUCUUCUCCUCGGUGCUGGGUGCAUGUCUCUCCUGGCCAAAUGGGCUUGAAGCGAAGGAAGCAAAAAUAAAUGGAAAAAAAAGAGAUCAAACAGACGUUUUAGCUACUUGAAAGUCUCUGGCUUUUUCUUAGUCCUAGGCAUUAGUCAAUGAACAUAUAUGAUUGUUUCGACCAUUUCAUGAUGUUUGAACUUAAAGGAGAUGAUGAUUUUUAUAUGCUUGUGGAAUAGAUGUCGGAAAAAAAUAUGAAGACUGAUCCUGGUUGAUAUACACGCAAGAGAAGUACCUCGACAUAAAUGUAAAAGGUUUUUGUUCUUUUCGAUGUUGAUUUGGUAGUUGCCAUUGUCGUUCGUCCACUUCGUUGCAUGUUGUCCAAUAAAUUAUCAUUCACCCUUA